GCGCUGUGGGGGUACACGGGGGAGGGAUGGGCGGCCGCUGAGAGACCUGGUAGCAGCCGUUCUCAAUGGAGGAUGUCAGGAGGGCAACAAAAGACACAAGUCCCCCUUGCCCAGAACGCAUAGUCUAGCUUAAGGGAAAGCUCUCCCCAACAUCCAGAAUGGAUCACCAAGACGGAACAGUGGGAGAAUUGCAUUUCGCUUGCAGGAGGAGCUGCUGAUCGCAGUACGGGGAUGUGUUGGCCACUCUUUUGUUGCGCCAUUCGUUUGCUUUGAUUUAUUCUUUAAAGAGAAUAAAAAGGAGAAAGGAGGACGAGCGACGCUGUAUCUGAAAACUCGGUGUUGGGCCAACCUGUGCUCGCAGUCAGCCAUUCUCCCCGCGCCUUGCUCGCAUUCAGCGGAGCGAUUCCCUCGUUUCUAAAAAGAAGGGAUAGGGGGUGGGGAGGAAGGGGGUGUUUGCAAAGUACCGCAAAAGCAGGAUCUGUUCUUGCUGGUCGGAGGCAGCAAAAAGACGCUCGACGGCGAGAUAGCCAGGCGGCAUCAACGGGAUGAUAGUUGCACCUUUUUGUGCUUUUGUUGGUAUUCACGUUAAACGGAUUACAUUUGACUCGUAGUUCUGAGGAAUGUUCUACUCGGUGUUAUAUACAUUAAGAAAAAAAAAGUAUUUUUGCUGGCUUCAUGCUAAUGCAGUAAUUUAGCAUCAUUACGCAUCUUGGAAGGUGUUCAAGCUCUUUGCCAAUGAGGGACUAACUUUCAAUGGAGUAAUGUGAGCCAUCCUAGACAUUCUGUUUGGUAAAGCUGGAGAAAUUACUUUUUGGGGAUAGUUAAAAAUCAGUAUUAUUAGAAAUGGCUUCUAGUUUCCUUCCCAAUGGAUCAUGGACAGAAAACGACAGUGAAGUGAAUGAGCUAUGUCGGAACCUGGAGCUCGGUACCGUCCUCACUUUGUUCCACUCGAAGAAGUCUCAGCGACCCGAGCGGAGAACUUUCCAGGUGAAGCUGGAGACACGGCAGAUAAUCUGGAGCCGCGCCAACGACAAAAUAGAGGGAGAGAUUGACAUUCGUGAGAUCAAAGAGAUCCGACCAGGCCGCAACUCCCGGGAUUUUGAGCGGUACAUUGAGGAUGUGUCAGUUCGGCCUGAGGUGUCCCACUGCUUUGUUGUCCUGUAUGGUACAGAGUUCCGCUUGAAAUCCCUCAGCCUUGCAGCUACUUCAGAUGAGGAAAUGAUGAUGUGGGUAAAAGGCCUGAACUGGCUAGCAGGUGACACUCUGAAAGCCUCCACUCCUUUACAGAUUGAAAGGUGGUUAAGAAAACAGUUCUAUGCAGUUGAUCGGAGCAGAGAAGAGAGGAUUUCCUCUAAGGAUUUAAAAAACAUGCUUUGUCAAGUCAACUACAGAGUUCCAAAUAUGAAGUUUCUUCGUGAGAAAUUCACGGAUGUUGAACUGGGAAAUGGGGACAUCACCUUUAGCCAGUUUGCUCAGCUGUAUCGCAGCCUAAUGUUUGAUGCACAAAGUUCUAUGGAGAUUCCUUUUUUGCAAAGAUGUGCUGAAAGACCUGAUCAGUGUCGGAUCACCCUGGAGGAUUUCCAGACAUUUUUACUGCUGUAUCAGAAGGAAGAAACAUGGGCAACCAAACUGAGUAAGGUCCAGGAGUUCAUGUUCAGUUAUCUGAAAGACCCUCUGAGAGAAAUUGAACAGCCCUACUUCUGUCAAGAUGAGUUCCUGACAUACCUGUUUUCUAAAGAGAAUACUAUAUGGGACUCAAAAUUUAACCAAGUGCGGGAAGAAGAUAUGAACAACCCCUUAUCUCACUACUGGAUUUCCUCUUCACAUAACACGUACCUGACUGGGGACCAGUUCUCCAGUGAAUCUUCUUUGGAGGCCUAUGCCAGAUGUCUGCGGAUGGGAUGUCGUUGCAUUGAAUUGGACUGCUGGGAUGGCCCAGAUGGAAUGCCAGUUAUCUAUCACGGACAUACACUCACGACCAAAAUUAAAUUCUGUGAUGUUCUUAACACAAUUAAAGACCAUGCCUUUGUGACAUCUGAAUAUCCCAUCAUCCUUUCUAUUGAAGACCAUUGUAGCAUCGUCCAACAGAGGAAUAUGGCCACAUAUUUCAAAAAGGUGUUUGGGGAAAUGCUGCUCACCAAACCAGUUGACAUAACAGCAGAUGGUCUUCCCUCACCUUUUCAGCUAAAACGGAAAAUCCUUAUCAAGCACAAGAAGCUGGCUGAAGGUAGUGCCUAUGAAGAGGUGUCCACCUCCACUCCUUACUCUGAAAAUGAUAUCAGCAAUUCCAUCAAAAAUGGUAUUCUGUAUUUGGAGGAUCCUAUCAACCAUGAAUGGAACCCACAUUUCUUUGUGCUGACUAGCCAUAAAAUUUACUUUUCGGAAGAAACAGCAAUGAACCGGAGUAAUGAAGAUGAAGAAGAGCAGAGAGAGAUAGUAAAUGGGAUGGAUCAGCAUGUGACGGAGAAGUGGUUCCAUGGGAAGCUUGGUGCGGGACGUGAUGGACGGCAAAUUGCAGAGAGAUUGCUUUCAGAAUAUUGUUUAGAGACAGGAGCGCCAGACGGCUCUUUUCUUGUGAGGGAGAGUGAGACAUUUGUUGGAGACUACACGCUCUCAUUCUGGCGAUCUGGCCGAGUGCAGCACUGUCGGAUCCAUUCGCGACAGGAGGCAGGAAGCCCCAAAUUCUACUUGACUGACAAUCUGGUGUUUGACACCCUCUACUCCCUCAUUAACCAUUAUCAGCAUGUGCCUCUACGCUGCAAUGAGUUUGAGAUGAGGCUAACAGAACCUGUCCCGCAGACCAAUGCUCAUGAGAGCAAAGAGUGGUAUCAUGCAAAUUUGCCAAGAAACCAAGCAGAAAACAUGCUGAUGAGAGUUCCCCGAGACGGAGCUUUUCUAGUACGCAAACGGACCGAACCAAACACGUACGCCAUCUCUUUUAGAGCGGAGGGAAAGAUUAAACACUGCCGUGUGAAACAGGAAGGCCAGAUUGUUACCCUGGGCAACUCUGAGUUUGAUAGUCUGGUGGACCUUAUUAGUUACCAUGAGAAGCAUCCGCUGUACAGAAAAAUGAAACUGCGCUACCCGAUAAAUGAAGAGACGCUAGAGAAAAUUGGAACAGCAGAACCAGAUUAUGGCUCUUUGUAUGAAGGACGCCAUCCAGGAUUUUAUGUAGAAGUAAACGAAAUAGCCCCGUUUAAGUGUACAGUGAAGGCCUUGUAUGAAUACAAGGCUCAGAUGGAAGAUGAGCUUUCAUUUUGCAAAAAUGCUAUCAUCCAGAAUGUUGAGAAGCUAGAAGGAGGAUGGUGGAAGGGGGACUAUGGAGGAAAGAAGCAGCUCUUUUUCCCUGCCAAUUACGUGGAGGAGAUUAGUCCCACCGCAGUGGAACCUGAAAGACCUUCUCUGACUGAGAACAGCCCACUCGGCGAUCUCCUUGGGGGAAGUUUAGAUGUGCCUUCAUGUCAUGUCGCUGUUUAUGCAGAAGGAAAGGGAAAUCGUCCAUAUGUCUUUACAAUCAGCAUGGGAAUGAUGUCAAGAGGAGGACAGACGUUGGACAUCGCUGCUGACUCACAGGAAGAACUCCAUGACUGGGUGCUGAAGAUUCGUGAAGUUGCCCUGACUGCUGAUGCCCGACUAUCUGAAGGGAAAAUGAUGGAAAGAAGGAAGAAAAUUGCCCUGGAACUCUCAGACUUGGUCAUCUACUGUCGACCAGUACCUUUUGAUGAGGACAAAAUUGGCACAGAACGAGCUUGCUAUAGAGACAUGUCUUCUUUCCCUGAGACCAAAGCAGAGAAAUAUGUGAAUAAAAUCAAAGGCAAAAAAUUCUUGCAGUAUAACCGCCUUCAGCUCUCCCGCAUCUAUCCUAAGGGUCAACGGCUGGAUUCUUCCAAUUAUGACCCCCUACCGAUGUGGCUGUGUGGGAGCCAGUUGGUAGCUCUCAACUUCCAAACUCCAGACAAGCCGAUGCAAAUGAACCAAGCCUUGUUCAUGUUGAAUGGAAAAUGUGGCUAUGUCCUUCAACCAUCUAUAAUGCGGGAGGAGAGUUUUGACCCCUAUGACCGGACAUCUCUUAGAGGAGUGGAGCCCAUUACUGUCCAGAUUGAGGUUCUUGGAUCCCGGCACCUCCCUAAAAAUGGUCGAGGCAUAGUCUGCCCACUUAUUGAAAUUGAAGUAUGUGGAGCUGAAUAUGACAAUGCCAAGCAAAAGACUGACACAGAAGCGGAUAAUGGUCUGAACCCCAUCUGGCCCAGAAAGCAGUAUCGUUUCACAGUUUAUAAUUCAGAGUUUUCUUUCCUACGCUUUGUGGUGUAUGAGAUCGACAUUUUCAAUGACCAGAACUUCCUUGCACAAGCCACAUUUCCAAUAACUGGCCUAAAAACAGGUUUUAGAUCUGUACCUCUAAAGAACAGUUAUAAUGAAGACUUGGAGCUGGCAUGUCUGCUUGUACACCUGGAGAUUUUUAGUGGAGGGCAUGAGAAUGGGGAGUGUUUUAUCGGAGGGGGAUCUCAGUCUCUUCGGGAGUGGCCUGGAGCACCUGCAACAAGUCAGGCAUAUCGAAGCCGAGACGGCUCCUUUGAAUCUCGCUACCAGCCCCAGAAUGAGGACUUGCGACUGUCCCAGGAGCAGCUACUUGAACUUGCAGACAGAGACAGAAGGUUAAUUUGGAAGCCGCGGGACAAUCGCAUUUAGAUGAGGUGGUCCUGUUCCAAGUGCCUCCAGUACUGACCAUGUCAACUGACUGCUGUGAAAACUGGUUUCUAUGGAAACGUUACUGCUUUUUCGCCUACAUUUCAGGCAGCUGCUCCUGGUUUCUCUGUCUUAAAAGACCUCACUCAGACGACUUAAGCCAUGGGAUCUUGGAAACCCACAAGUCCAACCGAGAAGAAUUGUGCUGUCUGUCUUUGGGAGAGGGCUUGGUCUUUCGUUGGGGUGACUACUUAUCCUGUGUCCCUUCAGAUUAAAUGACAGCUAUUAAAUAUUCCAUUAUUCUCCAGGCAGUCCUAAUAAAGGAUAUUGUUAUGGGGAAGGAGGUGAUGGUUUACAUUCCACUUUGUACACAAAGAUGUCCAGUUCAGCUUGGCCAGCUUAAACACCAGCUGCUGGGGUCUCCUCUCCUAUGGUUUGGGGGGGGGGGGGGGGGUUGGCAGCAAAGGUGUCGGUCACAGAUGUAGCUUCGUCUGCAUCCACGGGGACAAUAACAUUACGCAUGAGCAUUGCAUCUUGCCCGUGUUACUUCUGGGUCCUCUUUCUCCAUUUCUUCACGUACACAGUGCUUCAGGCAACAGUGCAGAAGGAGAGGAUUGAAUAAAUAGCAAAAAAAGAAAAGAGGGAUGCUGCGGUAUUUAUUUUAAAAUUUGGCUCACCCAAGUUUCAAGAGAUACGACUGCUAUCCUGCUGUGGCGCCUCUGCCUGCCAUCUUUCUCUGUUCCUGUCGAGUGGAGUGUUGUCCUCUUGGUCAUUCCCUUUGUGUCACCCAUUUUCAUUCUGUCAGUUCUCUCAGCCUCUCUCAGCAGCCACUGCUGUUCAUAGUUAUGGCCUCCGGUUUGGGCUAACCCUCUUCUUUCAGUGUUAAUCCAGGAGGCUUCAGUUUUGUUUUAAUGCAAAUUCAUUGUUCUUGCCUCUUCCAUGUAUGUAUUUUACUUUUAAACGUGUUUGCAGUAGUCAUAAUGUCAUGGUUUUUCAGCAGGGUCAUUAUGUGCUGCAAUGGAAAUCCACUUGUGGUUUAUAAAAAAAAAAAAAGCAUUUGAGACAUCUUCAUGCUGCCUUUCCUCCUCAUUUCUUUCACUUAUUGCCCGUUUUUUGUUUGUGUGCCACCUUUGGAAUGGGCAGACAGACUUUUGCGUUUAUCCUGCCUGUGCUGUAGUGGCCCAUUUGUCCCUCGUGCCACAUUCGAGUUUGCCCUCUUACCUAUACAGUGAAGACAUGGCUGAACUCGCCCUGAUGGGCACAUUGGCACCAGGUCUUCAUUUGGGUGUGUUAAGAACACCAAGUAACCAUUAGAAGCAGUAUUACCAAAAAAAAACAAAACAGUAUUAUGGGCACCCAGGCCACGUCCAGCCAUCCUGCCACCCCUCCGAGUGGCUAAAACAUUUUCAGAUUGGGAGUAGCCAGCCAGCCAGCGCUAAAGAAGGCUGUACCAGGACCGAAACUGUGUGCCUCUGAAUUCCACAAUGGUGUCAGUCUUAAAUAAAUUGGAAAUGCAACCAAAAAAAAUCUGUAUUCCAAAUGCUGCAUGACUCAAGGGUUGUUCUUUGAAUUCUAGUAAUUUUAUGGGCUGAUGUCUGAAAAUGAAAUGAAAUUAUAGUCUGUAAGCUAGUCUUAAAUCUGUUUGCUUCAAAACUGGAGAAAUGGGGGAAAAUUAGAGGACAUCCCAAUGCGAUUAUAGCGUGUGUUGGGUGGCCAUGUAAUGAGCACAUUGUGCUUCCUAGACCCUCUGCUCUUCUCAGCUUUAGGAGUUUCCUCGUUUUGACCAGUGGGAAUUCCUGUACCAGAAGGAAUGGCUAAGGUAUUAAUAGUUUGUGCCUUUCUGUAAGAAGUAAAGGACAUUUGCAGUAAUCUCUAGUCAGCAACACCUUGCACUGCUCCGGGGCACUCCAUGUAUCUCACAAGCCACCGCUGAAGACGACAGACAGGCCAGCAUCAGUCUAGCUGCCGUCCUGAAGGCUCCCGCUUAUCUUCUCUGAAAGCCUCUAGUGAGCAGUUCUCCUUGCACUUUCAAGUAAAAGAAAUCCGAUAAAUGCUGUGUUUAGAGCACAACUCGUCCCGAUCAGCCCUGAUCUCUAGUUUAACUCCCAGCUGCCCGUUUUCAGGUCAAGAAACUGUAAAAAUAUUAUGGUACUGUUGCUUUAGGAGAUGGCAAAGCUGCUAUUGCUCUUCUAUUCUGCUUCAAUGUGCCUCCAUUAUAUUAUAUAUAGUGGGUUUCAUGUUAAGUUUGUCUUUGUUUUAUCUAUUAAAAAAAAGAAGCCUUUCUGUAAUGUGCCUAAGCUAAGACAAAUGUAAAUUUAAUUUUGCCUUUCAUAUGAAACAUAUUCAGCCUGGAAAAAAUAAUAAAAGUACAUAUUGAAUGUG